GAGGAGCUCAGGGUACCAACACAGCAUCAUAGAGCUCCCUCCUCUCCACACUCAUCACACUGCUCUCCCACCAUAUGGAGGAGAGGACACUGUGCUCAGCCUCUUCACACUGCACUCAUCACACCACUCCACUCACACCACUACACUGCACACCACUACACUGCACACCACCAAGAGCUUCUUCAGCAGCUUCAGAGAUGCAAAAGGCAGCAUCUUGAGCAGGUUGGCACCACAAGCAAAAGCAAUAUCUUGGCCAGGUUAUGAGACCAAAAGGCAAGAACUUUAAUCAGUGCUAUUAACUUUAUCUGCUGAUCCUUCACCAAUUCUGGACCAAGGUUGACAGAAACAUUUAACACAAGUCAAGGGAGGACUACGGUCCAUACUGGACUGAGUCUCAAGUCUUGGAGACUCACAACACUUGGAGCAGAAGUGUGUUAAGACUUUGGAUCAAGAGGUUGACUCUCAACAUUCGAAGGAACUUCAAGAGCUCAAAGUGCUUCUGGACCUGAGAAGACCAAGAGGACUUUUGGUACCUGCAGACCAAAGGGGGUUCAGAAGACUGUGGGCCCCAAGAGUAAGAACUGAGGGUUCAGUCACAAAGUUCUCAGGACAAAAAGAGUGAAGGCAGUCUGACAAGUCCUCUAAACUUUAAACAACAGGAUCAAAAACUUAGAGGAGCACCAGACUGCAAAUUCACAUCCAGUUUGGAGUUCUGGGAAGAUGGUGCUAUGACUCUCUUGUGGAGCUUUUAGGUAUUUAAAGCCUGCUGGACCAGCUUUCUCCCACAGAUUAGAGAGCAAGCAAUGAACAAGGCUCAGGUGGACAUCUCCAUGCCUCAAGCACAGCCAGCGGUGGUGGUGGAAGCAGUUUCCUGCAGCCUGCACGGUGACAUCAUGGACACCCACAGCGACCAGAGACUCUCAGUCAACGAGAUCCCAGUCUAUGGGUGCCCAAGGGACAGACAAGGGGACAGUCAGAGUGGCAACACUCCCGGCCAAGAGGGUUUAGUAGCAGUACCUCCAGCAGUCCACAGAACCACCUCCUUCUCAGUUCUGGACAUCCUGGACCCUAAUAAAUUCAACAGCAAGCAGAGACAUUGCAAUAUGGUCUACAAGACCAGCACCGACUACAUCCUGAGGGCAGAGGACAAGCUGGAGGAGCCUGGCACCGAGCAGAAAUCUUUCAUUGAAGACUUUGACUCCUGCAAAAAGUCCCCCGAUGUUCUAAAAGAUGCAGAUCUAUACCAGCAAGCUGGGGAGGAAUGUCAAAACCAAGAUUUCAGUCCCAGCCCUGGCAGUGACCUAGAGGAAGAGGAGGAGGAUGAGGAAGAUGAAGAACUUUGCAGCGAAGAGAGCAGCAAUUCCACCACUUCUGGAACCAUGGACAGGGAUCCAGGCAUAGGGGCCCCACAGACAGAGGACAGCCUUGUGGGUCAGAAUAAAUCUCCUAACUCACAAGAGUCUGGCAAGAACCAAGGGCUGCAGAACCAACAGCAGGCCCAGCAUGGCAAGCCCAAAAGAAAACGAACAGGUUCAGAUGCCAAGUCUGGUAAGCCCCGCAGAGCUCGCACCGCUUUCACCUAUGAACAGUUGGUGGCCCUAGAGAACAAGUUUAAGUCCACCAGAUACUUAUCAGUAUGCGAGAGACUAAACCUUGCCUUGUCACUAAGCCUGACUGAGACCCAAGUGAAAAUCUGGUUUCAGAACCGACGCACAAAGUGGAAGAAGCAAAACCCUGGAGCCGACACCAGUGCCCCUACAGGAGGCUCCAACCAUGGGGGAGGGUCUGGAGGUAUGGGAGGACUGAGUCCUCUUAGUCAUUCCCCCCCAAUGGGCAAUCCGUUAAGCUUACAUGGACACCCUGGCUAUGCAACCCAUGGACCCAGUGGGCUCAUGUGUACAGCUCAAAUACCCUUCCUUUCAGGGCCAGGUGGAGUCCUCUCGCCAUUUGUUUUGAGCUCCCAGUCUUAUGGGGCUCCAGCUUUUUAUGCCCCUCACUUAUAAAAGGACCCUAACUGACUGCAUUCUGUGUGAUUACUGUACAGAGCUGAAAAACUUUCACAAUGGUGCAAAUGCCCAUGAGAGCAAAGACUCUCCUCCUAGGAAUAGUGCACCUCAUUAAACCUGAAAGACUUCCAUCAUGGUGCAGAUGCUCAGUAGUGACUAGGACCAACCCUAGAGCAGCCAUGCAUCCUGAAUGUACCUAACCUGCUACGACGUCACAAGAAGCCCUGAGAUCCUAGCUAGAUAAAAGCCCAUGAUGUAACUUUAAAGGUUCUUGGACUCACAUAGAUCUUUUUUCAUCUGUGCAUUCACUUUCUGAUGAAAUAACUGUACAUUUCUGGGGCCAAUCUCACAAAAAUUCAAAAUCAAAUUGGGAGCACUUUAAUUCUUGCCCAUCUACUUUUAACGCAUGAACUAAAUUUACCUUAUGGGGAGAACUUAGAUGUUGCCUAGAAAUUGUACAUAAAAUCCUAAAUUGAUAUUUUCUUUUAGGUUCUAUUUUUUUUUUUUUGACGCAACAAUGAUGAAGUCAUUGACUUGCAACUCAAAAGCACUUGAUUCAUACAAAUUCAGAAGGUUUUGAUAGCCACCAUGUCUGUACAUUAUUUGGACCUUAUAAAGACAGUAAAUGAAGGUCUUUGCAUUGCAUAUUAUUCACCUCCUAUUCAACUGAAUGGGAUUCGCCACUGCAAUCAACAGAUAUGUAAUUAAUACUUUCCUUACAGUUCGGGGAUCUUUUUCAUAUAAAACCAGAAAUAAAGAAAAAAGAAAAAAAAUCUGUGUCCUUUUUCCUCUCAGGGUGAAUAGGAAUUUAGAACCUGUGACUUAAUAUACAUUGUUGGAACAAACAAUGGAUCUUCUUUUCGUGAUUUCACGAUAUACACAAUUGUAUUGUAUGAUUUAUCCAUGA